GUAACAUGGGGAGAAAGACUUAUUUUAUAGACGAGACACCUGGGUGGGCUGAGAGCCAGCCAUGGGGCACGUGGGGGGCCAUGUGGUCCCCAGGGUGCCGAGCUCUGGGCUUCAGAUUGUCUGAGCAGCCUGCAAGCUACAGGCCCAGUGAAUGUCCCGGGGUGUUGGGUCUGGGCAGCGGACAGAGAAGGGGCUGCCCACUGGAGAGUAAGCUGGGGGGUCCCCUGUGUCACUUCUGCUGUGAGUGUGCAGUGUGUCCCUGGCUACCAGGGGCCUCCCCACCACUGAGAGCCCCCACCACUGUGCCGGGGCUGUUGGUCAGCUUGAGGUUGAGGUGGACACUGGGUCCUGCUUGGAAGCUCCGGGGGUGGGCGUUUGUGGUCAGGCCAAACCCUGCACCACCACCACCAUCCCCCGCCCACCCUGGAGGGUCACCUUCAGGGUCCUCAGCCCCAAACCCCCAGUUUGUCCCAGUGCCAGCUUCGCCUGGAACCGAGGCUCCUCCAGGCUGUGGAGGCCACCCCCACCCCCUUGGGGCUCCCUCCUUUGUGGGGGCUGAGGAAGGGGGGUUGCCCUCCCCUCCUGUCUCCCUGGACAGAAGUCCCACUCAGAGUCGGGCUGCAAUUUGCCAAGCCAGGCAGAUGGGGCGGCCAUCCAUGUGGACGGGGAAAAACACUUUAUCUCCUAGGACGGAAAGGGAAGAUCUUGCAAAGGGGGCAGGUUGGUGGAGUGGGCGAGGGUCCAGCCCUGCGCGAGGGGGCCAUCCUGUCCCACCGCCCUGCCCACUGUGGGAGAGCUGGGAAGCUAACAAGAGAGACACCAAGGCCCGUCAGCACCGUGCUCGUGCUCCCCCUGCGAGCGAGCCUCGGGUCAGGAUCGGACCCUAUUUAUGGAGGAGGAAUGGCCUCUCGGGGCCACAGAGAUGGUCACUAGCAGAGCCUGACCUCUAACCCAGAGCCAAAACACUCCCGGACUCUGUGAGGGACAUGGGUGGGGGGCGCGUCAGGCUUGGGGGACAGAUGAGCUGGUCCCUGUCCCCCAGGCUGGCUGCUGGCACCCUGUCCGUGACUGCCUGUCAUCCCAGCGGUCAGUGGAGGCGUGGGCUACUGACAGGGGUGCGGGAGUCCCCUCCCCAGGGAGACUGGCUGGCACCCUUGGGGUCGUCAUGGGCACCAGUGAAGUCAGGGACAUUAGAGCCGGAAGACUUCCCUGCCUCAGUUUUCCUAAGUAUCAGAUCAGGGGGGUC